AAUUACAGGAAGUGUCCCCUACAUUUGACCGCUAUCCGUGUCCUGGCGUUAGCCGCCUUUAGCAGCUAACUGCUAACUACCGCAAGUGUUGCUCAGCUAACACAAGCUCUUCCGGCCAAGCGCAGCUUGGCACCUAACCGUGUGUCGUGGGGUUCAUCUUCAAUUUUCCUGAACUUCCCAGCUAGUGUUUAUGCAAAACUUUAAAAACACAUGAGUUGUGAGUUUUUAGAAAGUUGAAUUCGCGGAACCGGAGACAACCAAGUCGGAGGUAAUGCAAAUUAGCUUAUUUUACGGCUGUGGCAGCGACCCAAACUUACCAAGCGCUAAACCAAUACGGAGUCAACUUUCAUCAUUCUCCGGGCAAAAUGAAAAAUGUCACAAACAUGUGGCAGUGAGGAUGUCUUCAAGUGAUGAAGGCUACGUGGUACGUGUUAGAGGACUACCCUGGUCCUGCACCCAGGAGGAGGUGGCCAGUUUCUUCUCUGAUUGUGACAUUGUUGGAAAAGUAAACGGAGUUUGUUUCACCUAUUCCAAAGAAGGCCGUCCCAGUGGUGAAGCAUUUAUUGAACUUAAAACAGCCGAUGAUUUCAAGAGCGCCCUUUCUAAGGAUCGUAAAUACAUGGGACACCGCUAUGUAGAGGUAUUCAAGUCAAAACGUAGUGAAAUGGACUGGGUGCUGAAACGCAAUGGUCCCAUGGACUAUGAAAGCGGCAGUGGCUGCAUGCUGAGGUUGAGAGGUCUGCCCUUUGGCUGCAGCAAGGAGGAGAUUGUCCAGUUCUUCUCAGGGUUGAGAAUCGUGCCAAAUGGGAUUACUCUGCCAGUGGACUACCAGGGGAGGAGCACAGGGGAAGCCUUCGUGCAGUUUGCCUCAAAGGAGAUAGCAGAAAAGGCUCUGGGGAAACACAAGGAAAGAAUAGGGCACAGGUACAUAGAGAUUUUUAAAAGCAGUCGUAAUGAGAUCAGAGCCUACUAUGAACCAGCUCGAAGAGGGGUUGGAGCCCAGAGGCCAGGACCCUACGACAGACCGAUGGUGUCGGGCCCGCGGGGAGGGUUCUUUGGGCCCAGCCUCAAUCGGGGGGGCAGCAUGAUGAACAACAUGAGAGGUGGAGGGGGCUAUGGAGGAGGUUACAGUGGCUUUGACAAUUACAAUGGUUUCAACAACUAUGGAUUUGGCAACGACGUUUUUGACGAUCGAAUGAGGGGAGACAGGGGGGGAAGAGGGAUGGGAGGCCACAGUUAUGAUGACCAUGUUGACGGGGGUGCAGGCUUUCACGGAGGCCACUUUGUCCACAUGAGAGGUCUGCCUUUCCGUGCCACAGAGGGCGAUGUUGCAAAGUUCUUCACCCCUCUGAAUCCACUGAGGGUUCACAUCGAUGUGGCUCCUAACGGCAAGUCGACUGGAGAAGCUGACGUGGAGUUUCGCUCCCACGAAGAUGCCGUGGCCGCCAUGUCUAAAGACAAGAACCACAUGCAGCAUCGCUACAUCGAGCUGUUCCUCAAUUCCACGGCUAGUGGACCUGCUGAAAUGAGUCGCGGUGGAUGUUACUACGGUAAUUCCGGAGGAGGUGGAGCCUCAAGGAACAGUGGGCUGCGCGGUUCAUACUGAUCAUGACUUACCAUGUGUGAGAUUAUGACUUUAUAUCCAGGGCACCGAAGAAUUGUCCCACAACAGUGAAGGGUUUAAGAGUCUCUACACACAGAGGUACAGGCAGUGAGUUGUUUGUUUUCUUAUUUUGUUCUGGUUCAUCAUGUUGUUGUGUGUUUGCUGACUUUGUAUUCACGCAAUAUGAUGUAAAAGCUUAACAUUUCUACAUGUCCUAGGAAUGGUUCUGUGCUUUCCACUGUGCUUCAUUGUUUACAAACAUGUUUUCAAAAAUACCGUUGACAAAAUUAGUCUUAGUCUAAAAGAAGUGGACAUAAUUAAACCCUGGUGGCUACAGGGAAACACAGCAGUUUGUAUUUCAGUUCUGAUUUGGUUUUUGAUGUUAAAAAUUGCAGUUGUUUGAAUUUCAUUUUAAAAUGUAAUUUAUUCCAGGCUAACUGAACAUGAAAGAUAAUUUAUAUUUUGGUCUAAACAAACCUUAAUUGGCAAAGUGGGUAACAAGUGAUUAUUAAAAAUAUAUUAAAUACCUGAAAGAAAGGGUAGUCAGGCAAUUCAUUUAACCCAAUUUUAUGUGUCUUAAACUGUUUAUUUUUAUUGUCUCUCCUGCUUUGAAAUGUUUGGUAAAUGUGAGCCAGUGUGAGGUUGUUUUUUUUAUUGUUUCCCACAAUUCAGUAAAGUUUCAAACUUAGUUGAAAUUGUAUUCCACUCUCAGAGAGGGGAAGUGAAAUCAAGUCUAUAUUUGAGCUGUAAGAUAGCGUCUGCAGCUGUUGUACAUUUUGUCUAAUAAAUUUUAUAUUUAAUUCA